CCUCAGCUGGAAAACAGCACAGUUUAUCGGUUCCUCUUUAAUGGCACUAUCAUUCUCUCCUUGUGCAGACAGCCUGCCCAAACAGAGACGCAUAGAAGCGCAGUGAUGGUGUCCAGCCCGCCCUGACCUCCAAUCCUGAGAGUCUUUCCCAUGGAAACACUUCCCCACCCUCACAGCCUGAACACCGCACAGUGCCCGGCCCAAAAGCGACAUCUGCCCACAUCCUGCUGGAUUUCGGUUCCGUAAUCGCUCCAAACCCGGAUGUGCUCCUUCAGCGAGGAGAGCAGGAGGCAGAGGAGCGGCAGAGGAGCUCAUCAUGAGCCGCAGCAUUCACGCACCGACGCGGGGAGAGCUCUCACUCCGUGCGGGCAUCACGAGCGGAGAGAAAGUUGAAGAAGAGGAGAAAAGAGACGCUAAACCUGGUGUACGGCUCCUCAGCGAUCAGACUCUGUAGUUGGACACACUCACAGAAGGCUCCUGAGAUGGCGCCCUCCCAAGGCAUGCUGCUCUGUCUGGGCUCCCUGCUGCUGACUGCUGGGGGGGUCAUGUCCCUGUUGAUGGGGCUGCCAUGGCAUUCGACCCCGCUGUUCGGAGCCGGGCUCUUCCUCGCUUUUGUUGGCGGGGGCUUGCUGGUUGUAGGACUCCGCAUGGCGAUGAAGAAUCUCCAGGCGGCAGUGCCCGGACACUCGUUGCUACACCCUCGCACGGGAACCCGCUUCAGCCCGCAGCAGGCCCUGGCUUUACAAAGGAGGUUGGACCGGAUUCGUCGGGAGAUGUCAGAGGACUCUGUCAGCAGGAGGGCAGAGCCAGAAACCCCCCUCCCAUCGACCCCGCCCCCCUGGACAAUGGAGCCGCCUCCAUCCUACGACACUGUGAUGAAGAGCCAGGAGCGGAGUGAUCAGCUUUUACCGGUACCUCCGUAGGACGUCUUUACUUCGUGUCAGUGCCUUUUUUUCUUCGGCUGAGAGAACAGUCGGGGGUUUUUGAUGAACUCGCUACAAGGGGGCUCUUCUGUGCCUUAAAACAGCUGCUCUGAACCCAAACACAAGCCACAAAACCGGAGAAGGCUGCAGCUGGUGGAAGACUUAAUAUUUUGUACAAACUGAGCCCCAGUGUGUCCACUUACUAUAACAUGUGUGCUGUGAUUGAUUGUAAAAGGAAUUGAAAGGAUGAGAGACUGUUCACUCUGCCUACUUUAGGCCUUUGAGAGAGCGCCAUUAUGCAACUUGUACUACAGAUGUAAGAACUUACAUCAAUAGUUUGGCUGCAGACCUCCUGUAGGCGCCUAAUGGGGAUAUUUUAUUGGCCUGCUUGAUUUUUGUGACCUUCUACUGCAGCAUGGUAAGAACUUUCCCCACUUGUAAACAGCUCCUCUUUGUAUCUGCACGCCUUCUUGUCAAACAUUUGAAGGAGAUUUAUCAACAGCUUUCUCCAGCGCAAAGUGCCUUAACCAGUGAUGGCAGAAUGUCAAUAGUACAGUAUUAUUUAUCUUACAGCUUUGUGUUUGCACAUUGUGCGCUGUUAGUUCUAUGCUGUGAUUCUAUAAACAUGAGUUAAUGGA